AUGGAGAACCACCCGUUGCUUAUUCCUGAACUCCUCGAGCUUGUUCUAUGGGAGCUGCAUACCUCUCGACAGGACCUCAUUCGCUGUUCCCUCGUUACGCGCGCUUGGACUUUCCCCACCCAAGCCUAUCUAUUCCGCUCGCUCCAUUUGUCCAAUCGGCCUCUGUAUCAUCCAAUCGAGCUUUCUCCAGCUGCCGCCAACACUCGCCUGCCAUCACCAGAGUGGAAACUUCUCGCUUCGGCACUGAACUCUAGUCCACAUCUCAUACUACAUGUUCGUCGACUCCGAAUCACCCUGGAUCUCUUGCAGCCGGAUGAACAGCCUGAGACUGGUGGCAUUUCGUUCGAGGACGCCAUCGAGAGCCUGAGCAAUAGUGUUGAUGCUCAUAAUGCCCCUGUCGAAGCACUGGUACUCAACAUUGCGAAUGGCGCUGGAAAUGUUUCCCCACGCUACCUCGUCGCGCUGCAAGGAUUACUGAGCGUGCCUCGUCUCAAAGCCGUUACGUUCUCAUGGGGUCGCCUCCCAGCCGGCAACUUGGUCACUCUUUGGGAAAACUCUGCCGCGGAUAUUCGCCAUUUAGAGUUCAUCUACUCGCCGGGGAGAGGGAACAACUUGAAGGCUACACCAGCCCCAGAAGACCGGGACAAAAUCACGCUGGAAUCGCUGUCCACCCCACGUCUCGACGAGUUUUCCUUGGCCAUGGGCUGGCGGUUCGAUUUUAAACCCCAAGAUGACCUGUUUAGUCUUGAUUUCCAUGCCCCACCAGCUGCCCCCGAGCCAUCUGCACCAACGAAAAACGCCAAGGACGAUAUCAUGUCACUCUUUUCUUCAGCUCCUCCUUCAAACCCCGCCGCAUCGCCCGUCUUCGGACAGUUUCAAGACCUGGAAGUUCCCCAAAACCACCAGGAGAUAUCAGGAUAUCACCCAGGCCGGUGUAGCAGGCAGCGAAAGUCCUACGCAGCCGUUUAUACCUUGUAA